CUCCCAGCCAGGCGAGAGCAGGUGGCCGCGGCGGGCUCGGUCUCUGUCCCGCAGGUAUGAAGCGGCCACUGAGCCCACCCCCGCCGGCUGGGAAGGAGCCCCCCAUAUCUGAAGCUGCUGAGUGCCCCCCUCGGCCCCCAGAACCACCUAAGCCCAAGCGGGAAAGAAAGCGGCCAUCGUACACGCUCUGUGAUGUCUGCAACAUCCAGCUGAACUCAGCGGCCCAGGCCCAGGUGCACUGUGGGGGGCGGGCCCACCAGAGGCGGCUUCGACAGCUCAGCUUGGGGAAGAGCCCCUCAGGGCCAGCAGGCCCGGCCUCCAGCGCCCCCAGCCCCUUGCUGGCCUCCCUGCCCCUGCCCACCCGGCCUCUGCAGCCCCCGCUGGACUUCAAGCACUUGCUCGCCUUCCACUUCAAUGGUGCCGCCCCGCUCAGUCUCUUCCCCAACUUCAGCACGAUGGACCCUGUCCAGAAAGCUGUCAUCAGCCACACGUUUGGGGUCCCCUCCCCUCUGAAGAAGAAGCUCUUCAUUUCCUGUAACAUCUGUCACCUGAGGUUCAACUCAGCGAACCAGGCUGAGGCACAUUAUAAAGGCCACAAACACGCCAGAAAACUCAAGGCUGUCGAGGCUGCCAAGAGCAAGCAGAGGCCACACACCCAAGCCCAGGAUGGGGCUGUGGUGUCCCCAGUCCCAACGCUGGCCAGUGGAGCCCCUGGAGAGCCACAGAGUAAAGCAGUUCCUGCAGUCCCGCCUCCACUCCAGCCAGCACCGACUCUGGACCCUACAUCCAGGGAACCAGCCCACCCAGACCUCUUGGAUGCUGCCUCCUCUUCCUCUUCUUCCUCCUGCCCUCCUUGCUCCCCAGAGCCUGGGAGAGAGGCACCGGGGCCUGAGCCAGCAGCAGCUGCCGUGGGAAGCAGCGUGAGUGGGGAAGGCAGGAGCGAGAAGGGGCGCCUCUACUGCCCCACGUGUAAGGUGACGGUGAACUCGGCCUCCCAGCUUCAGGCUCACAACACAGGAGCCAAGCACCGGUGGAUGGUGGAAGGUCAGCGAGGGGCUCCCCGGAGGGGCCGGGGCCGCCCGAUGUCCAGGGGAGGCACCGGACACAAGGCCAAGAGAGCGACAGGGGGCCGGGGGGGCCGGCAGGGGCCCAGCCCCGCUUUCCACUGUGCCCUCUGUCAGCUCCAGGUCAAUUCAGAGACCCAACUCAAGCAGCACAUGAGCAGCAGGAGGCACAAAGACCGCCUGGCCGGGAAGCCCCCCAAGCCCUCCAGCCAGCACAGCAAGCUGCAGAAGCACGCAGCGCUGGCUGUGAGUAUCCUCAAGUCUAAACUGGCCUUGCAGAAGCAACUCACCAAGACGCUGGCAGCCCGCUUUCUGCCCAGCCCGCUCCCCACCGCAGCCACUGCCAUCUGCGCCCUGCCAGGACCCCUGGCCCUCCGCCCUGCCCCUACAGCAGCCACUGCCCUCUUCCCGGCUCCGAUCCUGGGCCCAGCUCUGUUUCGCACCCCAGCAGGAGCCGUCCGCCCUGCCACAGGACCUAUUGUGCUUGCCCCUUAUUAGCCCUCAUGGGGAGGCCAGGGCUGAUUUCCCAGUAGCCACUCCUUGUCUCCUCCUGUCCCAAGACACCUUGGUUUCCUACAUGCCACAGGGACUGUGAACAGCUUCAACGGUCCUGCCUACUCCAGGAAGAGCUGGACUAGUUUUAAGGACAGCUGCCCUUCCAAGGACUGUCCCCACCCUCCUUUCCCAGGCCUUCUAGGCUUCCCUGCAUCUCCCACCCUGACAGAUCCCAAAGAUCUAUGCAAAUCUCAGCCCCAGCCACGCGGUGCUCUUUUUCCUCCACCCAAGAUCUACACCAAGACCCACAUGGCCAGACUCCAGGAAUCUUAGCUUCUACAAGCCGUCCUCUCCUAGCUGAGGGACAAGUCUCUGACCUCUAUUCCUAGAGGCUUCACUGGAGAUAGGGAUGGGGUCUCUAGCUGGAGCAGGCUCAAGGCAAUCAGGAAAGGUGACUGUGGAGGUGUGGCAGAGGACCAUGGAGGAGAAAGGGGGACCCAGAAGUCCCUCGAUCAGCAGUGCUAAGGUGGGGCAGAGCCAAGGAUGUAGUGGGGUUGAUUCUGAAGGCUUUGGGGGCUUCAUCUGCUCUGAAGGAAUGGGACUAGGAGAGGAGGUGUUGUUCUGGUUGGGCCCAGGUGUCUUCUUUGUUUCAAUCUUAGUCUUCUGGGCAUUGAUGGGCCCAGUCUUUGUUUUUUUAGUUUCAUUCUGUCACCCAGGCUAGAGUGCAGUGGUGCUAUCUGGCUCACUGCAGCCUCUGCCUCCUGGGUUCAAGUGAUACUCAUGGAUAGGCCCAGUCUUAAAACUUAGGGAGUAAUUCAUCCCUCGGAGGCUCUCCCUUCGUAGCCUUUCUCUGACUUCAUGAACCCCAGCUCUUGGAGGGCAGGUGUGGGUCUCCCUCAGACUGUGGACUCAGCUAACAUUGAAUCCCCCCAGGGCUCCCAAAGGAAGAGUUUUCCCCUACAGCUUCCCACUCCAAACUGGUCCCAGCACGAAAUUCAGCUUUCCCUUCUCCCAUCCAGCCCCUGCCCCUGUGAAGCUGAGUGCUGGGAAACACUCUGACAUGCACUUGCAAGACGCAUUUUCAUGCCGUCAAUGUCAAUGUCACAAACUCCCUUUCACCCUAGUACUGCCCCCUCCCCACCCCACAUCAUGGGACCUUGCCAGUAUCCCCCUGUAUCUUUUUUUUUU